AUGGCCGAUCAGUUAUAUCGCUCGACCACCCUAGGCCACGCGCUGCAGGAUACUCUCGACGAGCUCAUCCAGGGUGGUAAGAUCAAGCCACAGUUGGCCACACAGGUGCUCCAACAGUACGACGAGAGCAUCGUCAAGGGCCUCAAGCAGAGGGCGAAGGCGCAGAUAACCUUCAAGGCCAAACAGCUGCAUAGCUACAACCUCUGCGACAGCCUCUGUGUCAAGCUGAAAGAUGUGGAAUUCCGCGAGCACCACGAAAUCGUCCAGGUCGACAAGGUGCAAAUUGUGGCAUUCAAGUCCCCCAAGGGGGAAAUGAAGAAGUGA